CCGCCCGCGCCCGCUUCCAGUCCCUCAGGGGGGCGGCGAGGGCGUGUGCGUGCCUGGUUCCGGCUGACCGUUGGCCCCUCAGCCGGUGCCCUAGCAGAGCUUUCCUCGCCGCCCCUCCCCUCCCCUCCUCCCCGGCUCUGUCCCAACACCCUAGCGCAGAGCCGGAGAGGGGGGGAAGGAGUCCUCCAGCGUGACGCCCCCGGGGCCUCCAGCUAGUCUAGAGUCGGCCCGCCCCGAGGGGCGUGAGGAGUGGGCGGGGCUGCGGACUUCGGACUCCGGCCUCCGGCCCACAGACCGCCUCCUGCUGAGCCGGAGCAGGCAGCCUAGCCCGGCGGUGAGCUAGCCAUGACAGCGCUGCGGGGGCUCUGGCCCGAGAUGCAGGACACCUGCACCUCGCUGGGGCUGAUGCUGUCGGUCGUGCUGUUCACAGGGCUGGCCCGGGUGGUCACCCGGCAGCAGCAGCUGCACAGCCCCAUGGCCCACGCCUUCGUUUUGGAGUUUCUGGCCACCUUGCAGCUCUGCUGUUGCACCCAUGAGCUGCAGCUGUUGAGCGAGCAGGAACCCGCGCACCCCACCUGGCCGCUGACGCUAAUCUACUUCUUCACGUUGGUACAUGGCCUGACUCUGGUGGGCACCUCCAGCAACCCUUGCGGCGUGAUGAUGCAGAUGAUGCUGGGGGGAAUGUCCCCCGAGAUGGGUGCGGUGAGGCUGUUGGCUCAGCUGAUUGGUGCCCUAGGCAGCAGGUACUGCAUAGGCGCCGUGUGGAGCCUGGGGCUGACCAAGUAUCACGUCAGCGAGAGGAGCUUCGCCUGCAAGAAUCCCAUCCAAGUCGACCUGCCCAAAGCGGUCAUCAUAGAGGCCCUCUGCUCCUUUAUCUUCCAUAGCGCUUUGCUGAACUUCCAGGAGGUCAGAACCAAGCUUCGUAUCCACCUGCUGGCAGCACUCAUCACCUUUUUGGUCUAUGCAGGAGGAAGUCUAACAGGAGCUGUAUUUAAUCCAGCUUUGGCACUUUCACUACAUUUCAAGUGUUUUGAUGAAGCAUUCCUUCAAUUUUUUAUAGUAUAUUGGCUGGCUCCUUCUUUAGGUAUAUUGUUGAUGAUUUUGAUGUUCAGCUUUUUCCUUCCAUGGCUGUAUAACAACCAUACAAUUAAUAAAGAGGAAUAACCAUUCCAAAAGACUCAGACUAAGUUACAGGACAGUCAAGCUGGACAUGAUAAAGAUUUUACCACCUCACAUUCAACACACUGGCUGCACAUCCUGGAUUCAUCAACGUUAGCUUCCUUUGAGGAAGCUGCCUUAGAGUUUUCAUCACUGGAACUUAAAAAAAAAUUACUGUGAAAAUGAGGUAUCCUGUGUUUCUCAGUUAAGACUUCUUCUUUUGAGUGUGUAUUAAAUGCUGUUAGAAAAGACUCAGUACAUUAAAUAUAAAUCUCAAGUGAUAA